CUGGGGGAAAAAGCCACAGCUUCUCCGCACGCAACACCGCGACUGCCUGCCUAACUGCCUGUCUGCCUACCUGCCUGUCUGUCUGCCUGUCUGUCUGUCUGUCGUCACCGGCGGCAACACCACCACGGACACGCACCGCUUCUAGUGGCCAAAAUGGUGAACUUCACUGUGGAUCAGAUCCGAGCCAUCAUGGACAAGAAGUCCAACAUCAGGAACAUGUCCGUGAUCGCCCACGUGGACCACGGCAAGUCCACGCUGACGGACUCGCUGGUGUCCAAGGCGGGCAUCAUCGCCUCGUCGCGCGCCGGAGAGACUCGCUUCACGGACACGCGCAAAGACGAGCAGGAGCGUUGCAUCACCAUCAAGUCCACGGCCAUCUCCUUGUACUACGAACUGGACGACAAAGACUUGGCCUUCAUCAAGCAGUGCAAAGACGGAAACGGCUUCCUCAUCAACCUCAUCGACUCUCCGGGUCACGUCGACUUCUCCUCCGAGGUCACGGCGGCCCUCAGGGUGACCGACGGAGCCCUGGUGGUGGUGGACUGUGUCUCCGGGGUGUGCGUGCAGACGGAGACGGUGCUGCGGCAGGCCAUCGCCGAGCGCAUCAAGCCCGUUCUGAUGAUGAACAAAAUGGACCGGGCCUUGUUGGAGCUCCAGCUGAAGCCCGACGAGCUCUUCCGCACCUUCCAGCGUAUUGUAGAGAACGUCAACGUCAUCAUUUCCACGUACGGCGAGGACGAGGGAGGUCCUAUGGGCAACAUUCUGAUCGACCCCGUUGUCGGCACGGUCGGCUUCGGUUCCGGACUACACGGCUGGGCGUUCACCUUGAAGCAGUUUGCCGAGAUGUACGUGGCCAAGUUUGCUGCCAAAGGCGAGGCUCAGAUGGGUCCGGCAGAAAGGUGUAAGAAAGUAGAAGACAUGAUGAAGAAGCUGUGGGGAGACAGGUAUGUCGAUCCAAAAACUGGCAAAUUCACCAAGACUGCCAACGGUCCCGAUGGCCAGAAGAAUCCCCGCUCUUUUUGCCAGUUCAUUUUGGACCCCAUCUUUAAGGUGUUUGACGCCAUCAUGAACUUCAAGAAGGAGGAGACGGCCAAACUGUUGGAGAAGCUGGACAUCAAGCUGGACGCGGAGGACAAGGAGAAGGAGGGCAAGCCCCUGCUGAAGGCGGUGAUGCGUCGCUGGCUGCCCGCUGGAGAGGCCCUGCUCCAGAUGAUCACCAUCCACCUGCCCUCGCCCGUCACCGCUCAGAGGUACCGCUGCGAGCUGCUCUACGAGGGGCCCGGAGACGACGAAGCCGCCAUGGGCAUCAAGAACUGCGACCCCAAAGGUCCUCUCAUGAUGUACAUCUCCAAGAUGGUCCCCACCACUGACAAGGGCCGCUUUUAUGCCUUUGGCCGAGUGUUUUCUGGCUGCGUGUCCACCGGCCAGAAGGUGCGCAUCAUGGGGCCCAACUUCACUCCUGGGAAGAAGGAAGAUCUCUUCGUCAAACCCAUCCAGAGGACCAUCCUGAUGAUGGGCCGCUACGUGGAGCCCAUUGAAGACGUCCCCUGCGGCAACAUCGUCGGACUUGUUGGAGUGGACCAGUUCCUGGUGAAGACGGGGACCAUCACCACUUAUGAACAAGCCCACAACAUGAGGGUGAUGAAGUUCAGCGUCAGUCCCGUCGUCCGAGUCGCCGUGGAGGCCAAGAACCCGGCGGACCUGCCCAAGCUGGUCGAGGGCCUGAAGCGCCUGGCCAAGUCCGACCCCAUGGUGCAGUGCAUCAUCGAGGAGUCCGGGGAGCACAUCAUCGCAGGAGCAGGCGAGCUGCACCUGGAGAUCUGCCUGAAGGACCUGGAGGAGGACCACGCCUGCAUUCCAAUCAAGAAAUCGGACCCGGUUGUGUCUUACAGGGAGACCGUGUCCGAGGAGUCGGAGCAGAUGUGUCUCUCCAAGUCCCCCAACAAGCAUAACCGUCUCUUCAUGAAGUCCCGCCCCUUCCCAGAAGGCCUGGCGGAGGACAUCGAGAAGGGCGACGUCGCGGCUCGCCAGGAGCUCAAAGCUCGCGCGCGCUACCUGGCGGAGAAGUACGAAUGGGACGUGGGCGAGGCCAGGAAGAUCUGGUGCUUCGGUCCGGAAGGAACCGGGCCCAACCUGCUCAUAGACGUGACGAAGGGGGUCCAGUACCUCAAUGAGAUCAAGGACAGCGUGGUGGCCGGCUUCCAGUGGGCGACCAAAGAGGGGGCGCUGUGUGAGGAGAACAUGCGAGCCGUCCGUUUCGACAUCCACGACGUGACGCUGCACGCCGACGCCAUCCACCGCGGGGGCGGACAGAUCAUCCCCACGGCUCGCAGGGUUCUGUACGCCUGCCAGCUCUCUGCUCAGCCUCGCCUCAUGGAGCCCGUCUACCUGGUGGAGAUACAGUGUCCCGAAGCCGUGGUGGGCGGGAUUUACAGCGUGCUGAACAAGAAGCGAGGUCAUGUGUUCGAGGAGUCUCAAGUGACGGGGACGCCCAUUUUUGUGGUCAAAGCCUUCCUGCCCGUCAACGAAUCCUUUGGAUUCACUGCAGACCUGCGCAGCAACACGGGAGGCCAGGCCUUUCCUCAGUGCAUGUUUGACCACUGGCAAAUCCUCCAGGGGGACCCCAAAGACCCCGCCAGCAAAGCCUUCCAGGUCGUCGCCGACAUCAGAAAACGCAAAGGUCUCAAGGAGGGCAUCCCCGCUUUGGACAACUACUUGGACAAAUUGUAAGACAAAACCGAGCCUGGUUUUUUUAGGUAUGUCCGACUCUUUAGCACUUAAUCUUAAUCUUGUGGGCACUUUAAUAAUCUUUGCACAAACGGUUCGAUCCAAAGGCAUAAAAGCUUAAAUGUGUUGUGGGCUUUUCGGGGGCGAUAAUGCUUCCUUUCAUUUCACACAGCAGCACACCAAGUGCCUAAGCCAAAGUGCUGGGACUAUUUGUUUGUUUGUUCAUCUUUUAUGUCACGACACUGCUGCUGCAAUAAUAAUAUAUGACCCAGUUAUUGCAAGUUUGUUUCAUUAAGAAGUGAAUAAAAAACCUUCAGCCGCA